GUUUACGUGCACAUUAAAAACACAUUUGCAUCUUCGUCAUUGACCAACUUUUGACGUAGAUACUACUUCAAUAUCAUUGAUCUAUUUUUGUCUAGAUACAUAACAUCAAAUUGUACAUCAUUUGUACAUUUACACGAAAAGUUGACAUCUUAUGUUCUAUGUUAUUCUAUGUUCAUUGAUAAAAUUUGAUAAAAUCUUAUUAUAUCUUACUGAAUAGAAAUAAUGCAAUGUUUAUAAUGAAUUAUGUUGUUUUUUUAGUUAAAACAUUGUACACACCCAUUGUGUACAUGUUUCUACAAAUGAAUCAUUAGUGUUAUCUUCAGGAAUUAAGAAACUCUACACACGUGUUGAAAUAGUAAAUAUUUAUAAUGGCAUUGCAUAAAGUUAUGCAUCCUAGAAAUAUAUAUAAAGAGAAUCCUGAUUUUAAACAACUUGCUUUAUUGUAUCCAGAAUUUCGCAAAGUUGCAACUACGGAUCUCCGAGGAAAAGUGCAUAUUGAUUUUAAAAAUGAAGAUACUUUGCGUGUUCUAACGAAAAUAUUAUUAAAACAUGAUUUUAAUCUGACCGUAGAGAUACCACCAAAUAAAUUAGUACCAACAGUACCUUUACGUUUAAAUUAUGUUUUAUGGAUUGAAGAUUUGAUGACGUAUGCCUCUUUUACAGAAAUGAACAAUGUUAAGGGGAUUGAUAUCGGAACUGGAGCAGUUUGUAUAUAUUCCUUGUUACUCGCAAAGAUGUACGGUUGUUCUAUGUUUGGAACAGAUAUUGAUGAAACGAGUAUAGAAUCAGCAAUAGAAAAUAUAAAGAAUAAUUCUUUAGAAAAUCUCAUAAAAGUUAUCAAAGUGGAUAAAGAAAAUAUUUUCAAAGAGGUGAUAAAUGAAAAUGAACAUUUUCAUUUCUCAAUGUGUAAUCCUCCAUUCUUUGAGACUCAAGGUAACUUGGAUAAAGUAAUAAAACAGCAACCACCAAGAAAUGCUCCUACUGGCAAUAACGAGGAACUCAGUGUUGAGGGAGGUGAGACAUUAUUUGUAACAAGAAUGAUUGAAGAAAGUAUACAGAUAGGUGACAAGAUUAAAAUAUAUACUACUAUGCUAGGAAAAAGAAAAAAUUCUUUUUACUUUCCUAAGUUUUUAAAAAGACAUGGGAUAAAUAAUUUUACAUUGACAGAAUUUUGUCAAGGAUAUACUAAACGGUGGGGUUUAGCGUGGUCUUUUUUGUCAAUGGACACAUGCAAUCUGAAAAAAGCACCUGUUAUAAGAGAAAGUAACAUCACAGACAUGUUUACAAAAUGUCAUCCUUUAGAAAUUCAAUUUCCCAUGGAAGAUAAAUAUGAGCUUAUCGACGACGUUAUUUCAGAGUUAAAGAGGAUAAUAGCUGAAUUACAGAUGAAUAUAAUAGAACUAGAAAAGAAUCGAAUAAAAGAAAAGGAAUCUGCUAAAUGGGUAUGUCAACUCACAGCAAGGAAUGAUACAUGGACCCAUGCACGCAGAAAACGCCGUUUAGCUGAAAGGCUUAAUAAAGAUUGCAAGAAAAUCAAACUAGAAAGUACUGUAGUUACAGAACAAACUAAUAAUACAGAAUCUGAAGUUGAAACGAUACAAUCUUCCGAUAUAAAAGAUGAAGAUAUGCUGCAAUCAGUCUGUAAAAAAGAUACGGAAAUAUCCGAUCAUAAAGAAGAUCCGUUUUUGGUUUCAGUUUUGUUUCUUCAUGUAUUAAAAGAUACGAAUAAUUCUGAUAAAAACAAUGUUAACAUUUGUUUAUUUUUCGAAAGUGGAACUGGCGGGAAAAAUGCAUUGGAAAGAUUGAGACAAUACUUGAUUAAUAAAUUAAACGUACGAGUACACUUUGAACAAUUUUGUUCUACUAAAGGGAAUAAAAAGAGAAACAGAAAAUAUAAAAAGACAAAGAAAAAU